AUGCUAAAUAGUUACGAAAAACCAACACCAAUCCAAGCACAAGCAAUCCCUGCAAUCAUGUCAGGACGGGAUAUGAUAGGUAUUGCUAAGACAGGAAGUGGUAAAACGCUGGCAUUCCUGAUUCCAAUGUUUAGACAUGUUAAGGAUCAACCUCCUUUAGAACGAGAUGAAGGACCAAUUGGAAUUGUCAUGACUCCAACGCGAGAGCUUGCCAUUCAAAUCCAUCGAGAGUGUAAAAAGUUUUGUAAAGCAUUAAACUUACGGACAGUUUGUGUCUAUGGUGGCACAGGAAUUAGUGAGCAGAUUGCAGAACUCAAACGCGGUGCCGAGAUUAUUGUAUGUACUCCAGGAAGGAUGAUUGACAUGUUGACAGCAAACAAUGGCCGUGUUACCAACUGUAGAAGAUGUACAUAUUUGGUGCUUGAUGAAGCUGACAGGAUGUUUGACAUGGGCUUUGAACCACAGGUUAUGCGGAUCAUAGACUGCAUUAGGCCUGACAGACAGACAGUAAUGUUCUCUGCAACAUUCCCUCGUCAAAUGGAAGCUCUUGCCAGAAGAAUUCUAGAUAAACCUGUUGAAAUUCAAGUUGGUGGUAGAAGUGUUGUCUGCUCAGAUGUCGACCAAAAUGUGGUAAUUGUCAAAAAUAGUGGUUUUUCAGGAAAAGGUUUUAAAUUUAAUGAAGAAGAAAACAACAAGGUUACUGAAGCCAAAAAGCUUCAAAAAUGGGCUCUUGGGUUACAAGACUCAGAUGAUGAGGCAGAAGCUGCAGAAAAAGAAGUUGAAGAAAUUGAYAAACGACUGGAUGCUGUUUUCAGCAAGAAGCCCCACAUUAAAAAAGUCGUACCAGUUGGCAAUGAAGCUCAAAUUAAAGGCGAACAAAAGGCUAAACUCAACCUUGCUGCCAGUAUCGCUGCAAAAAUCAACCAGAAAAUCAGCGCAGGGACAAAUAACCUCGAUCCCACACAACAAGCAGCAAGUCAGAUUAUCAAAGGUGGAACAGUUACAGCGCUUACUGGUCUCGACCUGGCCAAACAGCUUGCAGAGAAGAUUCAUAGUAAACUAAACUAUGAAGGACCACAAGAAGAACCGAAAGAACAAGAACAAAAAGAAGUMGAAACAGAGCGCUACGAAGACGAAGUCGAAAUUAAUGAAUUCCCUCAAACUGCUCGAUGGAAAAUCACGUCCAAGGACACCAUCAUGGCAAUUACUGAAUAUUCUGAAUGUGCAGUUACUGUUCGAGGAACAUUCUUCCCGCCAGGUAAAGAACCCAAGGAAGGCGAAAGAAAAAUCUAUCUGUAUAUCGAAGGCCCUUCUGAACGUGCUAUUCAACUUGCAAAAGUAGAGAUAAAGAGAAUCGUCAAAGAGGAACUCGUAAGACUGGGUACUUACCGCGGACCCCAGCAAACCGGCCGAUACAAAGUYGUUUAAUCGACCUCUGUAGUGAUAGGUAGUAAGGGUACUUACCGUGGACCCCAGCAAAGCGGCCGAUACAAAGUUAUUUAAUCGACUUCGGUAGUGAUAGCUAGUGGAAGAUUUUUUUAACUAAACUUAUAAAUCCUUGUCUGUUCAAAUGACUGUUGGGCAAGUUUGGAAAUAAUAUGCGGGAUUUUUACUGCGACUCGAACUGAAGAAACAUGGCAAACGUUUCUAGUUUAUUAGCAUUCUCUGUGAUAUUUUUUUAUCAUACACAAAAACCUAAUAACGUAGUUUCGCGCUCUGAUACUAUUCAUAAUAUUUCAAGCUUUUUAUUCUAUUUUUCCUAAACAAAUGGGAACAAAUAUCCCACAUUGUUGCACGAAAAUCACCACUUUGCUAUCGCGCAACUCUAAUCGUAAAUGCAAACAACCUUACGGUUGUUGCGUCGAUCAAUUUCCAAGCAUGCGCGACGAUCGCCGGGAAAUCGGGCUGCAAAAAAUCGCWAGUGUAAACAGGCCUUAGUAGCUUCCACCUGCAUUUUGCGAAACGGUGUUACUGAUAUUUCAAACGAACCAUACGGGUCGAUGAUURUUUGUGGGAGUGGGAGUCUGUCGAUUGGCUGGUCACUUCACAAGCCACGUGAAUUAAAUGUGGUGAUGGUUUUGAAAAACAUUUUACUUUAGAUUACUAGAUUACAGGAGUUGUCUUUCGAAAAAUCAGUCGAUUAGAAGUCCCCCCUUAUUUGAAACAAUGAGCAAAGUUGGUUACUAACUAUGAAACAUUCAGUUGCUCAUGUAAAGGAGAAGAGCUAAAAAAACCCUAAAAAAAAACUCAAAAACGUUACUAAAGAUUUUUCUUUUAGCACAUUCCUUCCAUUCUCUGUCUUUCUUAUUUAUCUCUUUCUUUCUUUCUUUCUUUUCCUUGUAUUCAAUCCUUUUCAUUUGUUAUAGAAUUAAAUUCGGAACCUCUAUAUUACGAAUACCGACUUGAGGUGCCGGUAUGUAGAGGUCAUCUACUAAAGAACUGUACUAGGAUAUAGUUCUAUGGUAUUGUAAAAAGACAGGUUUUAAAAUUUCAGCCAUGUUUACCAUACCACUCUUCACUAAACCUGUACCCUAUACAUGUAGAUUAUCAGUUCACAAUAAAAUACUUUUCAAGAUCA